CAAGAGAGAUGGGGUUCCUUACCAAACUCUGGGCUUUUCACAAGGUCUUCAUAAUUAUUCUCACACCUCUGCUGCUUCUACCUCUUCCAUUGCUCAUCAAGACAAAAGUAGCAGAAUGUGCGUUUACCAUGUUUGUCAUUGCCAUUUACUGGCUAACAGAAGCAAUGCCCCUAGCAGUGACAUCCCUCAUUCCUGCCCUAUUCUUUCCUUUGUUUGGCAUUUUAAAAUCAUCCGAGGUUGCUUCAGCCUAUUUCAAAGACUUCCACCUUUUGUUGAUUGGGGUCAUUUGUCUAGCUACAUCUAUUGAAAAGUGGAACCUGCACAAGAGAAUUGCUUUGAAGUUAGUUAUACUGGUGGGAGUCAAUCCUGGAUGGCUCAUGCUUGGCUUCAUGGUCAGUUCUGCGUUCCUUUCCAUGUGGCUCAGUAACACAACCACCGCUGCCAUGGUGAUGCCAAUUGUUGAAGCUGUUAUUCAACAGAUUUUAAAUGCCGAAGCUGAGGCUCAUGCUAUGCAGAUGAGAAGAAUGAGUGGAACAACAAACAGAGGGUUACAACUCGAUGAGGAUGACGAAAACGUGGACAAUAAUAAUGAAAUAAUAAGUAAUGGAGCUGGACUGAAGGCUGUUGUGUGCAAAGAGCCGAUGAAUGCACCACCACAGACUGACGUUGAAAUUCCUACAACAAGAGGAAAAUACCGGAGCCACAAGGACCAUAUGAUGUGCAAAGGCUUGUCACUCUGUAUUGCCUAUGCAUCCACAAUUGGGGGAUUGACCACAAUCACAGGAACUUCUACCAACUUGAUUUUUGCUGAACAAUUCAACCAUUUUUACCCAGAGUGCCAGUGUAUCAACUUUGGAAAUUGGUUCAUUUUCUGCUUCCCCAUCACUCUUCUCAUUCUCGUUUUAUCAUGGUUCUGGUUGCACUGGGUUUUCCUUGGCUCAGACUUCAAGGCAUUAUUUCACUGCAAAAAGGAGAAAUCGGAAAGAGAAAAAGCCUUUGCUAAGAUCAUAGCAGAUGAAUACAAAAAUCUUGGGCCUCUAAGCUAUCAAGAGAUUGUCACCUUGAUCAUAUUCAUCUUAAUGGCUCUACUUUGGUUUACAAGAGAUCCUGGAUUUAUACCUGGCUGGUCAUCUCUUUUCCCACAAUACAAAGGAUAUGCUACAGAUGCUACUGCAGCAUUAAUCCUUGGACUCCUGUUUUUUAUCAUACCAGCAAACAUGCCAACAAAACAUUCAUCUGACAUUUCUUACUCAACACUAAUUACAUGGAAAGAAUUCCAGUCUUGCAUGCCGUGGGAAAUUUGUCUUCUGGUCGGUGGUGGUUUUGCCCUGGCUGAAGGCACCAAGGUUUCAGGAUUAUCUAUGUGGGUUGGUAACCAGCUAACACCACUGGCAUCUCUUCCUGUUUUGGCAACAAUUGUAUUAUCUUGUUUAAUUGUAACCACUGUAACUGAAGUAGCCAGCAACCCUGCCACGAUUACAAUAUUCCUGCCUAUUCUUUCUCCAUUGGCUGAAGCCAUCAAUAUAAACCCUCUGUAUAUUCUAAUACCCACAACAUUAAGUACUUCUUUUGCAUUCCUUCUGCCAGUGGCAAAUCCACCUAAUGCUAUAGUAUUUGCCUAUGGUCACUUGAAAGUAAUGGAUAUGGUAAAGGCUGGACUGGGAGUUAACAUUAUUGGAAUUCUUGUUGUUAUAUUGGCCAUCACAACAUGGGGAGACCCUAUGUUCAACUUGAGCCAGUACCCCGCAUGGGCUCCCUCUUCAAACAUAACAGGUUCAUGACCCAUUAUCACAAUAAUUCAUAAGAACUAAUUUUACACUCCAGCUUCAUAAUCUCUAGCCUCGUCUCCAUGAAACCAAUAUGCAUCCAGUAUUCUCUGUUAGAUAAGAGUUUGGAGGUAUGAUAUAUAUUUUCAUGAAAGAGCAUAUAGAAGGAAAUCUUAAUCGGUGUUUCUGCAUUAAAAAUAAUACCAGGCAUACAAAAACCUAAUAUCAUGAACCAUUAAUAUCUGGAGACCUAAUUGUUUUACAGAUGUGUUGUAGAUCAGUUGUAUAUUGUUAGGGACUAGUUUUAUAAGAAAUAAUGUGGACCCUAUGCAGAAUCUUGAAGAAAUCCAGAGACGUUGUCGAGUGGUCAAGCUGAGGUCAGUAAGCCGUAGGAAGUCCAGCCGAGCAGAAGUACCAAAAAUGGAAACGGAGCUGUAAACUGUGUGGAAGCCGAGAGUCAAAACCUGAACAAACAGUAAAGUGCCAAAACCAAAACCAGGAGACGUAGCCGGGAGACGAACCAGGGUCAGGAAGCCAAUUUCCGAAUUGGAAUGGUGGAAUGCAAGAUAGAACGACGAGUCCUCCGGGGCCGUGGCGUAACAUAUAUAGGAAGUGUAAAAUAGCACCUUGUAAUAUUUAUAAAAAGCUAAAACAGUACAUGUUUUAGCUAAAGAGGUAUAGUUUAACAUAUCUAUAUAGUUGAAAGUAGCAUAUGUUAUAGACACCUACAGUACCUGCUACCUUGAAAUGAAUGACCUUCACACAGAGACUUCACAACUAUGAUAAAACACCAUAUGCAGAACAGAGCAGAUACAAAUGUGUUGAUUGCUGGUGGUUUGAUGUUGGCAUAAUGCAGAGCCAGUUAAGAACAGACAAGAAGAUACUCAAUAUUUCCGGAAAUUUGGAUAAAAUCACCAUUCAAGAUUGUGGUUAAGAAACACUUUAUCAAAGUGAUCUGUAAAUACAAUGUAUGCACUUUUUUCUUAGUUUUGUUUUUAUAGGACAGGGAAUUCAAUUUUGUUGACCUUAUAAAAAUCAAAUUUGAACAUUAUAUUAUUACUUGUAUUCAUGUCUGAAACUGGUGUUUUAAUACAGUAUGUGUUGUACUGCUGUAAAACAGUUUUUAGUGUUAUGUAGUGUAUGUUAUAAGACAUAGAAACAAAAAGAAGAAAACAUGUAUGAAGGGGAUUAUCAUCUAUAAUAUCAUUUUGCUUUGAUUGGUUCAGAAUUCAAUGUUAAAUUGUAAAACAUUUUUUCAUCAUCAUUUCUAUUGCAUAUUUAGUGACAGACUUUCCUCUUGUGAUGUCAAUUAAUGUCACAUUUCAAAUAGAUCAUAAUAAUUAAGAAAAUAUAUUUUCAGUAACCAAAAGGCAUGUCAAUGGUUUCUGUUUAUCUCUACAACUUUCUAAAAUUCAAAACACUGUCCUUUUGUUUAUAUAAUUGUCAUGCAGUUGUUCAUUUAUUGGUAAAGCAAUUAUUGUACAAUAUUUGGAAAUACAGUAUAUUUCCAAAAUGCCACACAUUUUAGCAAGAAUGUGAUAUAUGUCUAUACAUAUAUAUGAGCUGUUUACUUAUUCCAUAUUAAUGAAGUAGCAUGACUAAAGGGUUAAGGAAAAGGGUUUCUGGCGAAAGUUAAUUAAAUUAAAAACAAAAUGAAUUUUUCAGUAUAAAAAGAUUUGCUGUUUUAGUUCCUGUAUUUAAAUAGGUAUUUUUUCCUAUGACCAGUGUACAUUUUUAUUUUGUUUUUGGUAUCACAAAUAAAACUAAAUAUUC